AGAGAGAGAGAAGUACAGAAAGCUGAAAAUGGGGAGGCUGAAAGUGACCACUUGGAAAUUGUUGGGGACAAUUUUGAAUUAAAAUGCAGUAAUUCCUGGUCCUCAAGCAAUCCAGAUGCCAUGAAGCAAGCUCUCACAGGAAGUUUUAGAGAGAAAGAGACUAUGGAAUGUGAUAAUGGUUAUCAGUCAGCAGAUACAGAUGAAAUUGUUGCUGAAAGUAAAAUUCCACGUCUACAUAGCAGGAACUGUGCAGUUUUAGAAGAUUGUAAACAGGUGAAGGCAGAAAAUGAAGAAAUCUUAACUGGGAAAAAAAGUGAUUUGGUAAACGACUCCUCAGUGGAAACUCAUAAUUUAAAAGAAUAUGUUGGAAAAAAAGGGAAAAUGAAAAAAUCCCAGACUGGUGCCUUGCAGAGCACAGCAGGUAACAGUACAAUGAAGACAAGUGAUAGUGAAAGCUCUUGUUCAGAGCCUGAGAAGGGGGAGUCUGAAAUCAGUUUGGAUUAUGAAUGCAUGAUGCAAAACUGUUACCGCUUAGACCUUACACUGGAUGACUUACAAGCAUUAGCUACUGAGACACGUGGAGCAGAAUCGGACAGUACGCAGAGCUCUAGUCAGCACAGUGUUGAAGAAUAUCCUAAGGGUAAUGUUGCAAAUGAAACAAAACUCUCUAAAUUUUGCCCUGCAGUUAGGAAAAAAUGUAUCUGUCCUGAAGAUGUACUUGCUGCGAUUUUGGUGGGGGAGGAGGACGUUGAUGAAGCAAGCUCCAAGGGACAAAAUAAUUUGCGUUUGAAAUAUCAGCCUUUCAGAGGAAUGGGGUCCCUUUGUGAAAAAGAGUCACCGAGGGGCAGCACUGGUUUAGAGAAGGGCUCUGCAGAAAGAUUAGAUCUUGAACCUUGUGUUUCUUCCUGUGGAGGGGAGUUGUCUCAAAGACAGCGGAAGAACCAUCCAAUGUAUUCACCUGAACCCGGCAGUAAAAAGAGACAGAAUACGCGUUGUGAACCACAGGAGGAACUGUCAGAUGCCGCCUCCCUUGCAGAUGAGAGAGGUCAGCCUGUGUCCAGGCCACACUUGCAAGGGAAGAACCAAGAUGCGAGCUCUACACAAGGCAAGCAAAAGUCAGAGAACAAAAAUGCUGCUCCUUGUACUGGUCAGGGUGAAGAUGAGAGCAGUGACAUGGAUAGCAAUGCUGCAGCGUCCCAGAGACACGCUAAACGACAAUUGAAAAGCCCCAGACUGCUUUCAAAACGGUUGAAGCUGGAUGUAAGCAAUCAAAGUCCAGAACGUGAAGCUGAUAAACAUGAGGAUGGGAAGAGAAGCCUUCUGGAAAACAAAGAGCUUUGUCUUCAUGCUACUGCUUCAAAGGAACGUAGACCAAAAAAGAAACAGUUGCAGGAUAACCAGAGGAGGCUAGCAGCUCUAGGAGAGAGACAGAGAGAGAGAGAGUUACAGAAGAAA